CUACUGUCUCAGUGGGCCGCCAUUCAGGGUGGAAUCGAUUGCGCUGUUGCAUCGGUGCUAUGCUACCUGCAGGGCGUGCCUUCUGCCGGAGUUAGCUCCAGUGCAGGCAUCGGCAAAGCGGCCUCGGUCGGUUUACAACUAGACGCCAACCAGUUUCCCCAUCCACCCGUCCAGUAUCCUCAGUCCGCCUGA